AGGUCAGUCGUCGCCUGCACUGCAACUACUAAUAUCAAGUGCUCUCGCUCGCUGAUCACGAGCUGGAGGCAGAGGCUGCCUCUCGUAUCCCUGUCACAAGCUAAGAGAUCCAGUCCCACCAAACACUGCCAUGGAGUCCGUACUCCUCGCCUUCCUCUUGCUGCUCGUCUACUGCACCACCGCUCUCCCGUCCGCCGCCGCCGCCGGCACGCCGGACGGCUCUGAGGAGUGGGGCUAUGUCCAAGUCCGCCCGAAGGCGCACAUGUUCUGGUGGCUGUACCGGAGCCCGCAUCGCGUGAACAACGGCAGCACGCCAUGGCCGACAGUGCUCUGGCUGCAGGGAGGCCCGGGUGCGUCUGGCGUCGGGUAUGGCAACUUCAUGGAGAUCGGGCCGCUGGAUACGGACCUCAAACCCCGAGCCUCCACCUGGCUCGCCAAGGCUGACCUACUCUUCGUCGACAACCCAGUGGGCACGGGGUUCAGCUACGUGGAGGGCGGCGGGCUGCUGGCGCGCACGGACGCCGAGGCGGCGCGCGACCUCACCACGCUGCUCUGCCACCUCAACGCGCGGCUGCAGGGGAGGCCGCUCUACAUCGUCGCCGAGUCCUACGGCGGCAAGUUCGCCGUCACCACCGCCCUGGCCGCCCUCAACGCCAUUCACGCCGGCCGCCUCGCCGCCAACCUCGCAGGAGUUGCGCUUGGCAAUAGCUGGAUUUCGCCCGUCGAUUCUGUGCUGUCGUGGGGGCCGUUGCUGUACCAGGUGUCCCGCGUCGACGAGAACGGCCUCGCCCUCUGCGACAGGGUGGCGAAGCAGAUUAGUGUGCAGGUGAAGAGUAUGCAGUUCCUUGAGGCGGAGAGCUCGUGGCAGGGCCUCGAGAACCUCCUCCUCCAGGAAUCCAACUCUGUCGAUUUCUACAAUUUCCUCAAGGACGACUCGUCGGAGGAUGCUUUGGCGAUGAAGAAGCAGAGGUCAACGCUGGCGUCGGUGGGGCGGUCGAGGCGGCGUUACUCCAGCUACCUGAGCUCCAAGGCAGGCGGCUUCCACUUCCAGGGCCUCAUGAACACCAUCAUCAGGGACAAGCUCCGGAUCAUUCCCCAAAACCUCACAUGGAGAGAGCAGUCAGACGAUGUGUUCGAGGCUCUUGCAGGAGACUUCAUGAUACCCAGAAUUCACGAGGUCGACCAGCUCCUCAACCUAGGCAUCAACGUCACAAUCUACAGCGGACAGCUUGAUCUGAUCUGUGCGACCAAGGGAACACUGGAUUGGGUUCAGAAACUCAAGUGGGAUGGUCUGAAGAACUUCACAAGCUCACCCAGAGUGCCACUCUAUUGCAAUGGCGGUGAAGCUGCUGGCACCCAAGCCUUCCUAAAAUCUUACAAGAACCUCAAAUUCUACUGGAUACUAGGAGCUGGGCACAUGGUACCAAUAGACAACCCUUGCCCUGCAUUGAAGAUGCUUGCUGACAUUACACAAUCUCCUGCAUAGUAGAAAGAGGAUGGCAUUACAUGCUGACACCCACUGAAGAUUCUUUUUCAACUUAAUUCUACUUUCACUUUUUUUACAGAAAAGAAAAAGGAUAUCAUAGCAUUGAUGAGACAAGAAAAGAGUGAUAUAAAUAGAGAGAGAGAUCUGUUUCACUUUGAAUGCCAUAUUCUCUGUUUCACUUAUAAUGCCAUAUUCUUUAUAUUAUAGUACUUGUGCAGCUGAUUUUUCGGUGACAGGGUACAAUCAAAAAUCAAAAUUCAUUGUAAGAGGUUGCAUAGCGCAGCAGUUUCCUGAGCCA